GACGUGCGUGCGAGUGGUGGAUUACUAGUGUCCAUCGGUCGUCGAGUGGGUUGAGUCGGGCCCUGGUUGAGUGGAACGGACGCCGUUCAACUGUGCAACGUUGAAGGUUGAUGUUGUUGAUCCACACUGACACUGCACACCCAUCAUGAAACCCGGCGUGGUGGUAGCCGAUGAAAUGUUCCCGGAGGGAGCCGGCCCCUACACGGAUCUUGAAGAGGCGGGAGGUUCAAGCGGCCUCCUGAUGGACCUUGCUGCAAACGAGAAGUCGGUCCACGCCGACUUCUACAACGAUUUUGACGAUCUCUUCGACGAUGAAGACCUGCAGUGAAAUAAUGGAAGAAAUUUGAAUUAAAGUUUUGGUUUUAAGCA